AUGAUAGCACGGCAUUGCAUAAAAGUGGCUACAGCGUUAGCACCCAAUAUUGCUAAAGCUAGUACAAAUAGCUUCCGUAGAGUCACGCUAAUUCCAGGAGAUGGCAUCGGACCCGAAAUAUCUUCUUCAGUGCAAAAGAUAUUCGAAGCUGCAAAUGCACCAAUCGAGUGGGAUCCAGUGGAUGUUACGCCUGUCAAAGGAGACGACGGAAUUUUCCGAAUACCUUCGAAAUGUAUUGAGCUAAUGAGGAUAAACAAAAUUGGCUUGAAAGGUCCCCUUGCAACCCCAAUUGGCAAAGGACAUCGUUCGCUUAAUCUUGCUGUCCGGAAAGAAUUCAAUCUCUAUGCCAAUGUGCGACCUUGCAGAUCCUUGGCAGGUCAUAAAACACUUUAUGAUAAUGUCGAUAUUGUAACAAUUAGAGAAAAUACUGAAGGCGAAUAUUCUGGAAUCGAACACGAGAUUGUAAAUGGUGUUGUCCAGAGCAUUAAGCUGAUAACUGAAGAUGCAUCAAGACGCAUCGCUAAAUACGCAUUUGAAUAUGCACGAGCAAAUGGUCGAAAAGUAGUAACUGCUGUCCACAAAGCAAAUAUAAUGCGUAUGUCAGAUGGUCUAUUCCUGAAUAUGUGCCGUGAACAAGCCGCAAACUAUUUGGACAUAAAAUUCAAUGAGGCUUAUUUGGACACUGUUUGUUUAAAUAUGGUUCAAGAUCCAAAUCAAUAUGAUGUGUUAGUAAUGCCAAAUCUGUAUGGUGAUAUAUUAUCUGACUUAUGCGCAGGUUUGAUUGGAGGUCUUGGUGUGACUCCCUCAGGAAAUAUUGGUGAGAACGUUGCCGUUUUCGAAUCUGUUCACGGUACUGCACCAGAUAUAGCUGGACAGAACAAAGCAAAUCCUACGGCAUUACUUCUUUCAGCAGUGAUGAUGCUACGUUAUAUGGGAUUAAUAUCAUAUGCAGAUAAGAUAGAAAAAGCCUGUUUUGAUGCGAUUAGAGAAGGCAAUGAGAAGACUGGCGAUUUAGGCGGACACGGCACGUGUUCUUCGUUUACCGAUGAAAUUUGCAGACGUAUAAGAGACAUGGAUUGA